AUGGCCUCUCGUCAACCAAGGACGCGGGGUGAGCGGACGCGGCGAACUUUGGAGAACUUUCAACCCGUCGCCGCCCCAUCCGCAUCUACCUUCGGCGCCAGGCCCGCGCCGCAGCCCUCCGCCCGUUCCUCAGCCGCUGCCAAACCGACUAGAGAACAAGAGGAGUCGGCAUUGAAAACCCCUAAAAUGGGAGAUAAAGAACAUCCCAUAACGCGACUCGAUGGAACUCUUCCAAAGCGCAAACCGUUUCGAUCCUCAACAAAACGGGGACGGAAUGAGUUUAAUUUUGAAAAGGAAAACUCGGAAAUUAAAAAGGAAUCUACCAUUACCAAAACGUCUCCUGCCAGUGACCAGGAAGCACUGAAGUACCUUUCCAACAAACAAAGCAGACUGAAUGACAGUAGUAUGCAGAAUGAAUGGGCACAGAAGAAAUUGGCCUGGGUACCUGAUGCUGAGCAGGGUUUCGUUCUUGCCACCCAGAUUAGCGAUCCCGACCCGAAAACCGGAAAAUGCCAGGUGAAACUGUUGAACUCCGGCAAAGUCAUCGAAGCAGAACAAACUCAUCGCGUGAAUCCACCCAAAUUCGACAAAGAGGAGGACAUGGCCAAUCUCACCUGGCUCAACGAAGCCGCUGUUCUUCACAACCUCACUGAGCGAUACCACGCCAGCUUGAUCUACACCUAUUCCGGCCUCUUCUGCGUUGUUAUCAACCCUUACCGAAACAUUCCAAUCUACACUGAAAGUGCUAUUGAGCUUUACAAAGGUCGCAAACGACACGAAGUGCCCCCUCACGUCUACGCAAUUACUGACAGUGCUUACCGAAGCAUGCUUCACGACAAAGAAGAUCAAUCUAUUCUCUGCACCGGUGAAUCUGGCGCUGGAGCUGGUCUCGACUACCGAAACGAGCUUCUCCUUGAUAACAUCAACAACUACAAGUUCCUUUCAUUCGGCGAUGUCUCUAUCAACGGCCAAUCUGAGAGUGAUGAAUUCAAGGAUACGCUUGCCGCCAUGUCCACUCUAAACAUUCCAAAAGAAGAUGUCCACAGCUGCCUCCGAGUCGUCUCCGCCGUCCUCCAUUUCGGAAACAUGGAGUUCAAGAAAGAGCGAGGCUCCGAUCAAGCUACGAUGCCGGACAAUACCGUCGCCCAGAAGGUCUGCCAUCUUCUCAAGCUCGACCUCAACAACUUCACUCGUGCUCUUUUGCGACCACGAAUCAAGCUCAUGUCGGAGUCUCCUGAUCCAUUUGUUGCCGCCCUUUGGCGCGAUGCUAAGGUUGUUGGCAUGGAAAUCCAACACCAGAACGACUCUCCAUUUGGCGGUGGUGUGCGAGCCACAAAGCGUGGUAUGUUCCGAACUGUCGGUGCCCUCUACAAAGACCAGCUUAAUCGUCUUAUGACCACUCUUCGCAACACCAACCCCAAUUUCGUUCGAUGUAUCAUUCCCAAUUACAACAAACGCCCGGGCGUCAUCAACCCAGAGCUUGUUCUCGAGCAGCUUAAAUGCAAUGGUGUACUCGAAGGUAUCCGAAUUUGUCGACAGGGUUUCCCCAACAGGAUUCCCUUCCAGGAAUUCCGUCAACGAUACGAGGUCCUUACUCCCGGGCUUUUUGGUCACCAGAUUAUGGACUCGAAGAAAGCGUGCACAAUGAUGCUCGAGUUUAUGGAAUUGGAGAGUGGCCUCUUCCGCGUUGGACAGUCGAAGAUCUUCUUCCGAUCCGGUGUCCUUGCUCAGCUUGAAGAAGACCGCGAUGUCAAGAUCUGUGACAUGAUGGUUAGAUUGCAGGCUUUCCUUCGGGGUUACCUUGCUCGAAGCAAGUUUUCUCGAAAGAAGGAUCAGCAGCGAGCUAUUCGAGUGAUCCAGCGAAAUGGUCUCAGCUACCUCAAGUUGCGAAACUGGCAGUGGUGGCGUCUCUUCACCAAGGUUAAGCCUCUUCUCCAGGCCGCUCAGACUGAUGAAAUCAUGCGAAAUAUGGAUGAAAAGCUUGCCUCUGCAAACAAAGAAAAGGAAAAAUUUGAGGAAGAGUUAACUGAGAAGACGAAGACAUUAGAGAAGGCUCUCCAAGAGCGAGACCAACUUGAAGAGCUCCUCGAACAAGCAGAUCAAGCACAGGCGGAAUCUGAUGCCAUCAGAAGAGAACUUCUUGAAAAGAAGAAAGACCUGGAACAUAUCUGCACUGAACUCGAGGCCAAACUUGAUGAGGAGGAAGAAAAGAACAUUAAGAUCCGAGAAAACUACGAAAAGACCAAGGCGAUGAACCAAGAGCUUGAAGAACAACUUGAGGAAGAAGAGACCGCUCGUCAGAAGCUUGAGUUAGAAAAGGCAGCGAUCGACAAAAAGCUCAAGGAGCUCAGCGACGAAGGCUUGAAGACAAACGAUAAACUUACCAAGACUGCCCGAGAAAAGGCUGCCCUCGAAGCUCGACUUAACGAACUACAGCAGAGUCUGUCUGGCGAAGAAGGUCGAGCUAAGGCCCUCGAAAAGACGAAGCAAAAGUAUGAAAGUACUAUCGCAGAGCUCGACGAGCGACUUAAGCGAGAAGAGAAGGCCCGAAUCGAGAAAGAGAACUCCAACAGGCGGCUAAACUCUGAACUCGAUGAACUCCGAGAGCGAUGCGCUGAGCUCGAGCGAAUCGUCGAAGAUUUGCAGAAUCAACUCGCGAGGAAGGACGACGAGAUCUCCAAACUCCAAGAUGACCUCGAUCGAGAAUCAAUGGAACGGCAAAAGGCUAUCAAGGAGAUCCGAUCGCUCACCAACCAAAACCAAGAGCUCAAGGAAGAUCUUGAUGCCGAGAAAAUGUCUCGACAAAAGUCAGACAAGCACAGGCGUGAUCUUCAAGAAGAGCUUGAGUCUCUCAAGGCUGAAGUUGACGAUGGCAUGGCAAAUGAACGAACUCAGAACGAAGUGCGGGUCGCUCUUGAGACCAAACUGAACCAGUACAAGAGCGAAAUGGACCAGAACCAGGCUAGCUAUGAGAAGUCGUUGGCUGAAAUUCGACAGAAGAGCAACGCUCAAUCUGAACAGCUGUCUGAAGAGAUCGAAGCUCUCCGAAGACAGAAAGCCUCGUCCGACAAGCAGAAAAAUGCCGUCGAAUAUGAAGUCAAGGAGCUCGGUGAAGAGUUGGCUGCUAUCACGCAAGCAAAGAACGAUGCCGAUGCUAAACGAAGACGCCUGGAGGGUAACCUUCAAGAGGCGAACGCACGUCUCCAGGAUGCUGAACGCGUAAAGACCGAGCAGCAACUUAAGAUCACUCGGUUGGAGCAGGACUACGAAUCCGUCUACGCGAAUCAUGAAGAGGCCGACCUCAAGGUCAGUCAGCUCAACAAAGAGGUUGCCAACUUGGAAACACUCCUUGCGGAGUCCAACGCUGGCCAGCAUGAAGAAAACCAGGCGAAACUACGACUUCAAAGUAGACUACGACAACUCGAAGAAGAUCGGUCCUCGAUGGAAGCCCAGCUUGAAGAUCAGGAAUCUGGCCGAGACGCCCUUCAACACCAGAAUACUGCUCUCAAUAAUCGUCUGACGGAGCGUCAGAAGCGAAUCGACGAGCUUGAUGCCGAUAAGAACGAGGCAAUCGAGAAACUCCGCCGAAAAGAGCGCGACCUUGAGGACCUUAGAGGGGAGCUUGAUGACCAGAAACUCAAGCUCGACAAUGCUGAGCGUAACCGAAUUCGUCUUCAAGCUGAGUUCGAUGACGUCCAUCACGAGCUUGAGAAUCAGCGUAAUCUUUGUGUCAAUCUCGAAAAGAAGCAGCGUCAAUUCGACAAACAGCUUACGGAUGAGCGACAAACUGCAGCACAUAGAGCCGAGGAACGAGAUCAAGCUCAGUCUGCCGCACGAGCUGCCGAGGCUAAGGUCUUCUCUCUCACUCGAGAAAUCGAUGAGCUUAAUGAACGACUCGAGGAAGUCGAGCGACAAAAGCGUGCUCAGGCUGCCGAACUUGAGGAGCUCGCUUCAAGCCAAGAUGGCAAGCAGCGGAAUGUCCAUGAGCUCGAGAAGGCAAAACGAACCCUCGAAGCUCAAGUGGAAGAACUCCGCACGCAAAUGGAUGAGCUCGAAGAUGACCUUCAGCUCACGGAGGACGCCAAGCUUCGACUCGAAGUUAACCUUCAGGCCGAGAAAACUCGAUUCGAGCGAGAACUCCAAGGCAGAGAAGAGGGAUCCGAAGAGAAGCGUCGAACUCUUCAACGGCAACUCCGUGAAAUCGAGGAGGAGCUUGACGAAGAGCGCAAGUCUCGCACGGCAGCAUUGAAUGCCAAGAAGAAGUUGGAAAUCGAAGUCACAGACCUCACCAACCAAAACGAAGGAUACCUCAAGACCAAAGACGAUCUUACAAAGCAGCUCGGAAGGCUCCAGCGAAUGGUUCGCGAUCUUCGUAACGAAAACGAGGAAGUUCGUGCGGAGAAAGACCAAGCCCAGGCCGCUGCUCGUGAUGCGGAGAAGAAAGCCAAGAAUAUGGAAGGCGAUCUCGCUCAGGCCUCCGAUGAUUUGAUGACAUCUGAGCGCCUCAAACGAGCCGCUCAAUCUGAGCGAGACGAUUUGAGCGAAGAAAAUGCUGCCCUUGCCCGGGAGCGUAACACUGCCCAGGAAGAGAAGCGACGUCUCGAAGCCCGAAUCAGCGAAGUCGAGGAAGAGAAGGAAGAGGUCGAGAUGAUGGUUGACGAAGGCGAAGAGCGAAACCGACGUCUCAACUCUCAACUCGACGAGGCCCAAUCUGAGCUCUCACUCGAAAAGUCUAAAGCCAAGCAAGCUGAAACUGCCAAGAUUGCCCUCGAAAAAUCGAACAAAGAAUUGCGACAGCGACUUGCGGAGUUCGAAGGGGACAGAAACUCCAGGGUGAAAGCAGAACUCGAAGCCGCUCGAGCCAAACUUGUUGCCGCCGAGGAUGAACGAGACCAAGAACAGAGGGCACGAUAUGAUCUCAGCAAACAGGUCAGAAGAGCUGACAAGAAGAUCAAAGAUGCUCUCCUUCAAGCUGAGGAGGAACGUCGUCAGUCAGACCAGCUCAAGGAACAGAUUGAAAAACUUAACUCUCGACUCCGAGCGGCUAAACGACAAGCUGACGAAGCCGAAGAAGAGACCACGCGAAUUCAAGGCCUCAAGCGAAAGGUCCAGCGUGAUCUUGACGAGGCUAACGAGACUGUAGAGUCACUUCAACGUGAACUUGCAAACCAGCGCAACAAAGCUCGGCGCGAUAUGCGCAGCCGCCCUCUUCGUGAUUCUUUCCUGACAUCGCGAAUCUCCUCCAACGAAGACCUCGACGAUUCUGGCUCGACCGGAAACGCAGCCGAGGGUGAAGCUGCAUAA